GGGAUUGGUUUGUGAGAUUUGAGCUUGGACGGCAGAUGAAAUGCUUGGUCUGCUGUGCCGCACGAGAUAGCCAGAUUGCCUGAUGAUGGGAGCCAAUACACGCUGGCCUUGUGGGCAACAACAUUCAGUUCAGCAUUGAAAAACAAAUGACCUUUUUUUUUAUUUUUGUAUGCAAAUUUUUUUGCUUUGUUUUUUGUUCUGGUGUGCUCUGCCUUCUUUGUUGACUACCUUCAUAUGGAGAAAGAGACUGCUUGCAGGUUUUGUCUCUCAUCUGAUUUCUCCAUCCAUCCGCUCCGGAACAGGUUGAUCUUUUUGUUUCUUUUGUACUAAAGAACCGCCUUUGGGAUUCUCCCUCCUCCAUGUACGAUAACUUGUACCUGCAUGGAUUUGAAGACUCUGAGGCGGGUUCAGCUGACUCUUACACAAGCCGACCGUCUGACUCAGAUGUGUCCCUGGAGGAAGAGAAGGAGGGCGGCCGUCAGGAGAAGGAGCAGCAGGCCACUGUUCAGCUCGAAAGAGCAAAGAGCAAAGCUGUUGCAUUCGCGGUGAGGACCAACGUCAGCUACUGUGGUGCGUUGGAUGAAGACGUUCCUGUGGCUGGGACUGCUGUCUCUUUUGAUGCCAAGGACUUUCUUCACAUCAAAGAGAAGCACAACAAUGACUGGUGGAUUGGGCGACUGGUGAAAGAGGGCUGUGACAUCGGCUUCAUCCCGAGUCCUCUCAAGCUGGAAAACAUCCGUCUCCAGCAGGAGCAGAAGAGAGGACGCUUCCCUGGCAGUAAAUCCAGCGGAAAUUCCUCAUCCAGUCUGGGAGAUAUGGUGUCUGGUACUUUUAAACCAAACCCAAACUCUGCAGGAAAACAGAAACAGAAAGUGGCCGAGCAUGUCCCUCCGUACGACGUGGUUCCCUCCAUGAGACCCGUUGUCCUGGUGGGACCGUCCCUCAAAGGCUAUGAGGUGACAGAUAUGAUGCAGAAAGCACUGUUUGACUUCCUCAAGCACAGAUUUGAUGGGAGGAUAUCCAUCACAAGGGUAACAGCUGACAUAUCAUUGGCCAAGAGGUCAGUACUUAACAACCCCAGUAAGAGGGCCAUCAUUGAGCGAUCCAACACCCGCUCCAACCAUGCGGAGGUCCAGAGUGAAAUAGAGAGAAUAUUUGAGCUGGCCAGAUCCUUACAGCUUGUGGUUCUAGACGCAGACACCAUUAACCACCCAGCACAGCUUAUCAAGACUUCUCUGGCACCCAUUAUUGUCCACGUGAAAGUGUCCUCUCCCAAGGUCCUGCAGAGGUUGAUCAAAUCAAGAGGAAAAUCUCAGAGCAAACACUUGAACGUACAGCUGGUUGCUGCAGAAAAGCUUGCACAGUGUCCAUCUGAAAUGUUUGACAUCAUCUUGGAUGAAAACCAGCUGGAAGACGCCUGUGAACACUUGGCUGAAUACCUGGAGGCAUAUUGGCGUGCCACUCACACGUCACUUAGCACGCCACUCAACCCACUGCUGGGACGCAAUCUAGGCUCCACGGCUCUCUCCCCAUAUCCUGCUGCCAUACAGGCCCAAAGAAACCGAAACAGCAACAACACAACGACGGAGAAUUCGGUUGAGUGUCGCAGCCUGAUGCCCGCAGACGAGAACUGUCAAAAUGAACGGGCACGGAAGAAUCGCAACCGCCUGUCCUCGGACACGCAGCACAGCAGGGACCACUCUCCUCUAGUGGAAGAGGACUACCAGGACCCCUAUCAGGACUCCUACAAGCCGCACCGAACCCGAGGAUCCCCAGGGGGAUUCUGCCAAGACACCAGGCACCGGGUUUGAGUUGGAUCCUGUUGUUGACACGCUGUAGGCCUCUCUGCCUGUGAUCGUCCAGCACGAAAGCAGGCAGCAUUUGCCACUUUAACUCAAUAGUUCCACUAGACUCACGUAAAAUGUAACAAUCUCUUAUUUUUAUGUAGUACCUCAUAUCCCCCUUGGCCUUGGCAUUUGGCAAAGGGACAUUUGCUCAUGAAUCCUGCCUUUGCUUUGGCAUCACCAAGGAUCUGGAUAUGAAAGUAGCACAAAAGCAGAAUAGAUGUUUUAAAGGGAAAGCUAAAGUCAAACAUUGUUAAACAUGUUCUAGAAAUGGCUUGUAAUUCAAGUGAUCCAACAAGUGAAAGCGCGGGAUGUUGACUUUUUCCGGACCAUCCGAAUAGCUCAGCUUUCACUGUAGCAUGCGGGUAGGGCUGUAUUAACAGAUCACUGUCUGACUAAAGCUAGCAACAGACAGAUGAUCAGCACAAAACAAGUUCAGGAAGUGAGGAAGGAAAAUAUAAUGCAUCGAUUAUCCAUUUCAAGUUUGUAUGCUAUUGUGUUUUAUGUAAGCAAAAUCAAAUCUGUGGCACAGCCUAAUCCUAAAUGUUAGAUUUAGAUUUUUUUUUUAAAUGUUAUUCAGGACCAAUGCAGUAAACUUCACAUAUUUUGUUUUUGUUGUGUAUAAUAGAAAACGUUGUGCAUAUAUUAAACAUUUCCAUAUCCUAACCUCAGGAAUGAGAGGUCAUUGUGACCUGGAAGUGUAGCGUUUAUGUUUUCAUCUAUUUGAUGGAAAUGUGGUUAUAAGUAAUGCCUUUUUAGGGAAAGAAAAUUUGUUUUAUUAUCGUUUACCAAAACUGAAGGUAAAAGAGAAUAUCUGAAUCAUCAUGCAAAGUGUGAUUUUCACAUGCAGUGCAUAAAAUAACCACUGUUUUGGCUGUGGAUUUAGUUGGACGUCAUAAAAUUGACAGAGUUGCAAUUUUAGUGUAGAAUUUAUAUUGAGGGCUUCCAUGUGUAUAUAUUGUUAAAACAAUGUAAGAAAAUCAAUGUUAUUUUCUCUGAGUUUCCAUGUUAUUAUAUCAAAUUUAAAUGCACUCAUUCGUUUUAAAAUCUUACUGAGGCAUUAAUUAAAAAAAAAAAGAACCAUGAUCAAAUAUUUUCUUUAUUUUUAAGGAGUCCAUGAAUUAAUGAAAUGCAGAAAUACUUUCAUGGAGUAGCAACCAAUCAGUCGCGUCCAUUCUUUUUAUUUUUAGCAUCAGCCGUCACGAUAUUGCUCUAGAUAAAUGUAAAAAUUACAAUAAAACAAAGCACCUGCACAGGACUGAACUGCUAUGCUCACAGUGACUUUUUCCUGCUACUAUCAUUAAAUUCCCAAACUUUUAUUUGUAUUUUAGCUGUUUGAUUGUAUGAAUUUAUGAUGAAAUGAGCUAUUAUUAAAAUUAAGAUUUCGGAUCAUUUAUUAAUGUAAAAUGACAGUUUUUUUUAUUCUUCUGGAGAAGAAAUGGCAUAAUUGUUUUUUUCAGACAAAUCAUUUUUUGUGUGUUGAGCACUGAUCUACAGAUCUGAAUACUGCCUGUAAGGAAAAAAUGCAUUGAUGGACAAUUUGUGUGCACUGUCAGCUGGAAUCUAAAAUAAAUUUAAAUUAAUCCUG